AUGAGUGACGAUUUUCAAAGAAAACUUCAAAACGAAUUGGAUAGUUUCAAAAAAGUCCAGAAAGAGUUACAGAAAGCGAUUCAGACGAGACAACAACUUGAUGGCCAGUUGAAUGAAAAUGAAAUUGUAAUACAGGAGCUCAAUCUCCUUCCUAGUGAUGGUAAAGUAUUCAAAUCAGUAGGACCAGUUCUUAUCAAAACUGAACUAGUUGAAGCAAAAGUUAAUGUAAAGAAGAGAAUGGACUACAUAACUAAAGAACUCAAAAGGGUGGAUGAUCUCAUUGCUUCACUAGAAAAGAAACAGGAUGCUCAUAGAGAAUCAUUACAAAAAUUGCAGCAUCAGUUUCAGCAAGCUCAGGUGAAAGCAGCACUCCAUGCCUGA